AUGCAACAGCUCAACAUUCUUCAUGCCAAGGUCCGGGAUAUGCGGGAGACGAUUCCAAAGAUGCUGGAGCCACUGAUGCAUCAAUACUCAACACCGGAGGCCGCCUACCAAGCAUUCAUCAAGGCGGUCCAAGAGGCCCAGGCCGAUCUUUCUGACUUUACGGGGCUCAUGCGUCAUGAGGACAGCAAGGCCGCGCUGGCCAAGGCGAAAGAAAGCCGUGAGCAAGAUCCUGAAGGCAUCAAGCAAUGGGACUACACUGAACAUCCAGAUUGGUUCGACGGCAAGAAGACAUGA